AUGCAACGAUACCAGAGAUCGCUAAACACUGCGGAAGCCGGGGCCCUCAAUAUCUCGAGGUCAAAAAUAGCUCUCCGUGCGUCACUCGUCACCAGACCGCAGACAAAAAGGGUCUACACUUUCCAUCGCGCUGACCAUGGUGCCCGCGUUGGCUUCACUUUCUAUCGAUACUACGCUGGCCCAUCCAUCAUACCGCUACUUUCGCAUUGA